GGGACAACGCUGUGUGAGUCCCAGCCUUUGGGGACCGUAAGCAUGCAUGGGCCGUGGCGGUGCCUUGGGAUCCGGAGGGCUGCGGGCUGUGGGUUACACACGGCUCCCGUGCCGGCCCUUCCCCCCUGGCUUGCGGAGAGGCUGGGCCUCUUCGAGGAGCUAUGGGCCGCGCAGGCCGAGCGAUCGGCGGAGAGGGCCCGCAGGCAGCGGCGGCCCAUCCGGGUCUUGGCCCCCGGAGGGCAGAGGGUGAACGGCGAGGCCUGGAGCACCACGCCCUACCAGGUAGCCCAGCAGAUCAGUUCUACCUUAGCAGAUACCGCAGUAGCUGCCCGAGUAAAUGGAAUCACCUAUGACAUGGAUCGUCCUUUGGAAGGAGAUGCUGACCUUGACUUCCUGACUUUUGAUUCCCCUGAAGGAAAAGCGCUGUUCUGGCAUUCUAGUGCUCAUGUUCUGGGGGCAGCUACUGAACACCUUUUGGGUGCCCUCCUCUGCCGUGGUCCCAGCACCCUUUCUGGAUUCUUCCAUGACAUCUCCCUUGGAGGGAAUCGGACAGUGCGGGGCUCAGAGCUGCCCGUCCUAGAAGAGACAUGCCAGAAGAUCAUAUCUGCUGCUCACCCUUUCCGUAGGCUGGAGGCCUCUCGGGAGCAGCUUUGUCAGCUCUUUAAGGAUAACCCUUUUAAGCUUCAGUUGAUUGAAGAUAAAGUGAAGGAGCCAACUGCUAUAGUAUAUGGAUGUGGCACAUCUGUUGACCUUUGCAAGGGCCCCCACCUCCGACAUACAGGACAGAUUGGUGUGAUGAAACUCCUAACGAAUUCAUCCUCAUCAUGGGUGAGGUCUUCAGGGGCAGAGGAGCCACUGCAGAGAGUAUACGGUAUUUCCUUCCCCACCAUCGAGGGCCUGAGAGCCUGGGAGAAGCAGAGGGAAGAGGCAGCAGCAAAGGACCACAGGCGCAUUGGGAAAGACCAGGAGCUUUUCUUCUUCCAUGAGUUGAGCCCUGGAAGCUGCUUUUUCCUGCCGCGGGGGACAAGAGUAUAUAACACGCUGAUGGCAUUCAUCAGGGCUGAGUAUGCCCGUCGAGGGUUCUCAGAAGUGAGGACCCCAACACUCUUCUCCACGAGGCUGUGGGAGCAGUCGGGACAUUGGAAGCAUUAUAGUGAAGACAUGUUUGUUCUUCGGCCUCCAGAGCCCAAUGGGCCCGCUGACUGCCACAGUGACUGUGCCACUGACCAGCCUAGAGGCAUGCUGGCCCUCAAGCCCAUGAACUGCCCUGCACACUGCCUGAUAUUUGCACACCGACCCCGGUCCUGGCGGGAGCUGCCCCUGCGGCUGGCAGAUUUUGGGGCCCUGCACCGAACCGAGGCCUCUGGGAGUCUAGGGGGCCUGACUCGGCUUCGAAGAUUCCAGCAGGAUGAUGCUCAUAUCUUCUGUGCUCCAGAUCAGCUAGAGUCUGAGAUCCAAGGAUGCCUUGAUUUCCUUCGCUCUGUCUACACAGUCCUUGGCUUCUCCUUUCAUCUGGUUCUGUCAACUAGGCCAUCUUCUUUUCUAGGGGACUCCUACCUUUGGGACCAGGCUGAACAGAUCCUUCAACAAGCCCUCGACGAAUUUGGGGAGCCCUGGGAGCUGAACCCUGGAGACGGUGCCUUUUAUGGACCCAAGAUUGACGUUCAUAUCCAAGAUGCCCUGGGAAGACCCCAUCAGUGUGGGACAAUCCAGCUUGACUUCCAGCUGCCUUUGAGAUUUGGCCUCCAGUUUGUGGGGCAGGCAGGGGUCCUGGAACGCCCAGUCCUCAUUCACCGAGCAGUGCUGGGCUCAGUAGAAAGAAUGUUGGGGGUGCUGGCUGAGAACUAUGGAGGCAAAUGGCCACUGUGGCUAUCUCCACUCCAGGCUAUGGUCAUCCCCGUGGGAGUUGAGCAAGAGGGUUAUGCACGGGAGGUGCAGGGAGCCCUCCAAGCUGCAGGACUGGUGGGUGAUGUAGAUAAGGACCCCAGCCUGACCCUCGGCCGGAGAGUCCGACGUGCCCAGCUUUCCCAGUAUAACUUCCAGUUUGUGGUGGGUCCCAGAGAGGAGAGUCAGAGGACAGUGAGCAUUCGAACUAGAGACGGUCGCCAGCUCGGAGAGCGGGACAUGGCCGAGGCAGUGGCUCGGCUUCGAGAGCUGCAGGACGCCAGGGUCAGCAAUGCCGAGGAAGUGUUCUGAGCUGUGUCCUGAGGACGAGCAGAGGGGCUUUGGGACUGAGCCACUGCCCUCCCUCAGGAGUGGCAGGGGAGAGGAUGGGACAGGGAUGUCUGUCCUCAUGGUGGAAAAGGCAGGGGCUUUCCCCUGGAACUCUGCUAGAGUUGGUGGGAGGAGGUGCAGAGCACCCCUUCUCUUCCUUGAAAAGCCACAUAGCCUGGGUUUGACAUUCCCAGAGGAGGAAUGUGUGGCUGAGUGGGGAAGAGUGUGGAAGAGAAUAACAACACGAAUAAAAGCUUGAACUUCCA